CUGUGCCUCCACCAGCAGCACCCCCGUGGAUCACGUGACCCCUUUGCCUCGGCCUUGGGGGGAAUGUCAGUGAGUUAUCGCGAGAAGGGACGGAAGCCUGUUGGGGACCUGGCCUUUAAUGUGCGGUUCGACCCGUCUGCCCGGGGGUCCUCUCAAUAGCUAAAACCUCUGACCUACUUGUGGCCCACCAAGAAGACGUUUUAUGUGAGGCAGCACUGGUGUCCAGACAUUCAAAGCAUGAUGGUUAUAUUCUAGGGCUUGAAAAUCUUCCCUGAUGCGAUCCUCUCUUGCCUCAGGAUUAAGUUUGCUAAUUGGAGCUUUCCACUUGUGUUCUAGGAAUCUGAGAGAAGCUGUUCCAGCCCCUCCAGUUCAUUGCCAUGAAAAGGAGAAUGUGAUUAAACUGCUCACCUUAUGAAAUUUGGCUUACAUGUGAAUCUGCCAGCGUUUUACCAACGAGGAUCAUUUGGCUGUCCAUAAACAUAAACAUGAGAUGACACUGAAAUUUGGUCCAGCUCGUAAUGACAGUGUCAUUGUGGCUGCCAACAGAUGGAGACAGAACUCAGACUUUUGAUUACAUCUUCCCCUGUAUCUAUACCAUGAGGGACUGGUCUACAAACCUCAGUUGUGUCUCUCCAGCAGGUGGAGCAACAGUACCACUUCUGGCUGGCCUGCAUGAAAGAGGAAAAGAAGCGUGCCUUGGAGGCCUAGGAAACUUUUUGGCCACAUGCCAUAUCUCCCUUUCCAAUCUUAUCCCUGGGGUUUUGAAUGAGAGAGUCUUCCUAAUUACCAAAACUACAAGUGAAUGCCACCUUCCAAAAGUUAACAGUUAUUAAUAUCAGACACCAACACCAACUAGAUUCUUGAAGAACUGUGAAGAAGUGGGUUUGUUCAAUGAGCUAGCAAGUCCUUUUGAAAAUGAAUUCAAAAAGGCUUCAGAAGAUGACAUUAAAAAAAUGCCUCUAGAUCUAUCUCCUCUUGCAACACCAAUCAUAAGAAAUAAAACUGAAGAGCCUUCAGUUGUGGAGACAACUCAUCAGGAUAGUCCUUUACCUCAUCCAGAGUCCACUACCAGUGAUGAAAAGGAAGUGUCACUUCAGCAGACUGCGCAGCCUACAUCAACAAUAGUUCGUCCAGCAUCACUGCAGGUUCCUAAUGUAUUGCUAACAAGUUCUGACUCAAGUGUUAUUAUUCAGCAGGCAAUACCUUCACCAACUUCUAGCACUGUCAUUACCCAGGCUCCAUCCUCCAACAGGCCAAUAGUACCAGUACCAGGUCCUUUCCCUCUGCUGUUACAUCUUCCUAAUGGACAAACUAUGCCUGUUGCUAUUCCUGCCUCAAUCACAAAUUCUAAUGUUCAUGUCCCUGCUGCAGUUCCAGACUUUCCUGGUCAGCUUGUUAGACCUGUCACCAUGGUGCCUAGUAUCCCAGGAAUCCCAGGGCCCUCCUCCCCACAGCCAGUGCAGUCAGAGGCAAAAUUGAGAUUGAAAGCUGCUUUGACCCAGCAGCAUCCUCAGGUCACAAAUGGAGAUACUGCCAAGGGGCAUGCUAGUGGAUUGAUUAGGACUCAGUCAGAGGAAGCCCGACCACAGUCAUUACAACAGCCUGCUACAUCAACUACAGAAACACCGGCUUCCCCAGCUCAGCCCACACCACAAACCCAAAAUACAGGAGGCCGUCGAAGAAGAGCAGCAAAUGAAGACCCUGAUGAGAAAAGAAGAAAGUUUCUAGAGCGAAACCGUGCUGCUGCUUCAAGAUGUCGACAAAAAAGAAAAGUGUGGGUGCAGUCAUUGGAGAAGAAAGCAGAAGACUUGAGCUCAUUAAAUGGUCAAUUACAGAAUGAAGUCACCCUGCUGAGAAAUGAAGUGGCACAGCUGAAACAGCUUCUUCUGGCUCAUAAAGAUUGCCCUGUAACUGCCAUGCAGAAGAAAUCUGGCUAUCAGACUGCAGAUAAAGAUGACAGUUCUGAAGACAUUUCAGUGCCAAAUAGUCCACAUACAGAAGCUAUUCAGCAUAGUUCUGUCAGCACUUCCAAUGGAGUAAGUUCAACCUCCAAGGCAGAAGCCGUAGCCACGUCAGUUCUCACCCAGAUGGCGGACCAGAGUACAGAGCCAGUGCUUUCACAGAUUGUUAUGGCUCCACCUUCCCAGUCACAGCCUUCAGGAAGUUGAUUAAAAACUUGCAUUGCAACAGUUUCUUAGAUAUACAUUUGUGACUUUAAAGGGAAAUCAAGACCAGUCUCCAUCUAAAAAGAUAUGUAGCUUAAAAUUAUUCAUUUUUAAAAUUAAAUUUAAAUUUGGCUUUAAAGAUUGUCAGAUGGGCAGAUGAAGAGGAGACUGAACAGCAGUUUCUAGUCUCCUUGAAGAAGAUGGAUUUUUUUUAAAGUUGAUUUACUAGUUAUUUUCUGUGCUCAAUGUGUAAAGUGUGUGUAAAGUACAAUGUGGUUUUUUUCACUUUUAAUUUGGUAUUAUUUCAAUCAACAUUGGGGUGAAUUAUUAACGUGCAUCCCCAAGAUUGUGAUAGUAAUAUUAUGUGACAUUUUAUACCAAAGUUCUGCAUAGUCCCUAUUGACUUUGUAAUUGUUAGCAAGGUCAUAAAGCACUAGGCAAGAGAAAAAGACAGUAACAGUACAUUUGCUUUUAGUCUUUUUGCCUUUUUAUUGUUUUGCACAUUAUGAGAGAAAGAACAUUGGGAGAAAAUGUUUGCUUUAUAUCAUGUGUAGCAUUUUGUUUGGCUUAUUAGCUGUUUUGGUUGGUUGUUUUUUAAAUUGUUUAACAGGGCCAGUAUGGUGUAGGGACAUACAGUACCUUUAUGCACAUACCUAAACUAGAUGAGGGUCAUUCCUAACUAGACUUUCUUUAAAAACUAAUGCCAAUUUUUUCAACACUUUAAUUUUAAAAGGGGAGCUUUAUUUCUGCUGUCAAAACAAUGGUCUGCAAAUACCCUUUGUGGCUAGGCUAGUACAAAACAGUAAAAAGAUAUCGUACAAUACAGGGUUAUCAAAUAUGGAAUAAUUUUCAUAGCUAGCUUGAUACUUUGUGGAUUUUUGAAUCACAGACUAAGGAGUUUACUCAUACACAAGUAUGGAUGCCAGAAAAGCCUAAAAAACCUUUGUUAAACAACACUUUUUCCCUUCUUCUUUGUCAUUGUCUUGUAUUUGCAAGCUAACUUGUACUUAAUUCUUGUGUAAGCACUGUCAUCUUUUAGUAGCAAAAUUUUGAUACCUUCCUUGUGGAAAAAUCAGUAUCUACCAUAUCUUGGAAACAAUGUAAUUAUAAUGUGGCGUGUAUGUGUGUGUAUGUGUGUGAGAAUGGUUCAGUAGUUUAUGCCAGCAAUCUUUGCUUGAAUGUUUAAAGAUGCCUUCAAUGUGAUGCUGGCUGAUAGAUUGCAGUUUAAAAAUGUUAUUUACUGUGCGAACUUGGAUAACUAACAUUCCAUGAUGUACGUUUGUUUCUGAUGAGAUGAUUGUAGGUACACUUUUUCUCAUUAUCCAAUCAUCUGUAGGAUAUUGAGUUUUUUAAAUGUGCCAUUACCUAUUUGGAUUCCGUACUCAUGUUCAAAAUACAGUACAAUAUUUUACAAUAGAUUACGUUGGGGGAAAAAGUAGAUGUGUGCUUUCAGGUCAGAAAACUUUGUACAAUAGCUAAAGAGUAGCAAAUUUUGGCAGUCAGUCAGGAUUUCAUUAUGUAUAUAACAAAGAUUUAAUGCAUUUAUAAUGGGUUGUGUAGUUCAUUUUCUCUUCCUUCUCCAUGCUACACUGUUUUAAAUCUCCGUGCUAUCAAAUUCCUUAUGAGAUUCAUUUUUAAAUCUAUGAAAUGUAAUUGGUAAUACAGAGGAAGAACAUAAUUUGUAUAAUAUACAACCAUACUAUAAUCAAAACUGGACAAAGACAUAUCUGAAUUGUGUGUAUAUCAUUUCAGUGCUGUAAGUGUGAAAAUAAUAGGAAUUCUAAAUAUUUUGUAUUUUAAAAACAAGGAAGUAAUUUUUGAGUUGAUAAACCCAUAUGUUUAAAUACUUUUACCAGUUUCAUGGGGGGAAAAGUUAGUUACUGAAAAAUUCCACAAUGGUAAAAUAUACAAUAAGUCUUGUGAGAAAGGAAUUUAUCUCAAAGGCACAAAAUGUGAAUUAUGCAGGAAAGCUAUACAGUUACUACUUUUCAUUGUAAUUUUGGUGAACUAGGUAAAACCUCAUUGGUUACAUUUUCAUUCUCUCUCCUAAACACUAGGCAUUUUUUAUCUUAUUUAUGCAAGUGAAUUUUUUUAAUAAAACUGUUGUGCCUGUAAAAUAAGUCUACAUAAGUGUGAGGAGACAUGUAAGCAUUUAACGAAUGGGGUUGGGAAAAGAACCAUAAUAAACAUGUCUGUGUUCAUCAAA